ACGACUUUCAUUUCAUCUCAUUUCCGCAAUCUCCGCUCUCCGCCAUGGCCCCCGCCCUCCCCCUCCCAGAAUACUUCACCCUCCUUAUAUACCUCGCCAUCCUCCUCAUCGCGGCAUUCACAUCUCUCCCACACUCCACAUCCUACUUCCUCUCCGCUCCCCUCGCCCAAUCAUCCUCAGCAGACAGACCAGAACACCCAUUCCUCACACCCAUAACCUCAAGGCCACUCAUCACCAUGGCCUGGGAUGUUAUCGGGGUGGGAAUGAUAAUGUUCUGGUGGGGAGGAAAGAUGAAGGGCUGGUGGGAGGGUAAGUCCGUCGCCAAGAAAGAAGAGAUCGUCGGUGAAAGCGAUAUGGAGGAAAGGACAAGGAGGACCACAAAGAUGUUUGCGAGGUUCAAAGAAGCCGGGAUGGCCACUGCAGGCAUGGCUUUGGUCUAUUAUCUGUUUCUUUUCCUCAUGGGAGCGCCUCUUAACAGCUAUUUCUCUCACUCUCUUCUUUUGGCUUUACAUUUGUCUAUACUCACAGUGUGGACGCCGGUGUACACGUUGGGUAUCCCAUCAAUGUACGAUCAAGGAAUCUAUGCCCGGUUCCGCAUGACUCGUCUCUUCUGCCAGUUCCAGCCCGAGAAUCCCAUAGAGCGCGCGCUCGUUUACCCUGUUAUCGGCACCUUUGUUGGUGCAUGGAUCGGCGCCAUUCCCAUCGCACUUGAUUGGGACCGUCCUUGGCAAAGCUACCCAUUGACUGUGGCGUUUGCUUCCAUUCUUGGCUUCAUCGUCGGUGGUUUCGCUUCUUGGACACACUCUGUCGGGGAAGAUAUGUACAAAGAAGUCAGCGCUGGGGGGAAUAUAAAGGAGAAUGAGAAAGCGGGGAAGAAGAAGAACAAGAAGAAGAAGAGCAUUGCAGCGUAGUGCAUAUAGGUACAUUUCUUUGAAGAUCAAUCAUUUCUUCCAGCGCCAGUGCUGUAUGUUGACCCACAAAACUGCAACGUUUUCCAAACAAGGACAGAACAUAUGCUAUGCAUUUGAGACGACUUUAAUGAUAUAUACAAGCACAGAUAUAAAUAGGAUUUAUGAACAUUCGUUGCGAC